GCUCCGGCUGUCUGGCCGCGGCGUACCCAGAUCGCUUCCGGUUGGUGCUCAAAGACCACGAGCUGCGAUUGGGCGGCCUAGACGGGGCACUUCCGGUGCCCAGGUGCUUGGGUUCUUGGCAGGAGGAGGAAGAUGGACCCCGGCGCCGCGGCCCGCGUUUGGUCUCUCCUGUGGCUGCUGCUGCGCUUGCUUGGCCCGGCCUCCGCUAGCGGUCCUCGCACCUUAGUGCUGCUGGACAACCUCAACCUGCGGGAGACGCACUCGCUUUUUUUCCGAAGCCUGAAAGACAGGGCCUUUGAACUCACAUUCAAGACCGCAGAUGACCCCAGCCUGUCCCUCAUUAAGUACGGGGAGUUCCUCUACGACAAUCUCAUCAUCUUCUCCCCCUCGGUUGAAGAUUUCGGAGGCAGCAUCAACGUGGAGACCAUCAGUACGUUUAUCGACGGGGGAGGCAGUGUCCUGGUGGCCGCCAGCUCAGACAUUGGCAUUUCUUGUGCAGGUGACCCUCUUCGAGAGCUGGGCAGUGAGUGUGGGAUUGAGUUUGAUGAGGAGAAAACAGCUGUCAUUGACCAUCACAACUAUGACAUCUCAGACCUUGGCCAGCAUACGCUCAUUGUGGCUGACCCCGAGAACCUGUUGAAGGCCCCAACCAUUGUCGGGAGAUCAUCUCUGAACCCCAUCCUCUUUAGAGGUGUUGGGAUGGUGGCAGAUCCUGACAAUCCUUUGGUAUUGGACAUCCUGACGGGCUCUUCCACCUCUUACUCCUUCUUCCCGGAUAAACCUAUCACCCAGUACCCCCAUGCAGUGGGGAAGAACACCCUGCUCAUUGCUGGGCUCCAGGCCAGGAACAACGCCCGGGUCAUCUUCAGCGGCUCCCUGGACUUCUUCAGCGAUGCGUUCUUCAACUCGGCAGUGCAGAAGGCCGUGCCCGGCUCCCAGAGGUAUUCCCAGACAGGCAACUACGAGCUAGCUCUGGCCCUCUCCCGCUGGGUGUUCAAGGAGGAAGGGGUCCUCCGUGUGGGGCCCGUGUCCCACCAUCGGGUGGGUGAGACAGCCCCACCCAACGCCUACACCGUCACUGACCUCGUGGAGUACAGCAUUGUGAUCGAGCAGCUCUCAAAUGGCAGAUGGGUCCCCUUUGACGGUGAUGACAUUCAGCUGGAGUUUGUCCGCAUCGAUCCUUUUGUGAGGACGUUCUUGAAGAAGAAAGGUGGCAAGUACAGCGUCCAGUUCAAGUUGCCUGAUGUGUACGGAGUGUUCCAGUUUAAAGUGGAUUACAACCGGCUAGGCUACACGCACUUACACUCUUCCACUCAGGUGUCGGUGAGGCCACUGCAGCACACGCAGUACGAGCGCUUCAUCCCCUCGGCCUACCCCUACUACGCCAGUGCCUUCUCCAUGAUGCUGGGGCUCUUCAUCUUCAGCACAGUCUUCUUACACAUGAAGGAGAAGGAGAAGUCUGACUGAGAGGGCGGAGCCCUGGGACUCCUUAAGACACGCAGAUGGGGGUUAUGUAGGAUUGGGUCUUCCUUUAUGGUGUUUUGUUUCUUGUUUUUUGUUUUUUAUAAAGCUGUGUGACCAUGACACAACCUUACCUCAGGGGGAGAUGCAGCAUUGAGUACCAAGGGGUGGGGGCGGGGGACUGAUUUUUAUGUGUGUUUUUCCACCUAACGCUAAGUGGUAUUUUUCAUAUGUGGUCACAUUCAUUUCUAAGAUAAACAUUGCCCUCCAACUUCGUCUGGCCCGUGUGCUUUGCUGUGGUGGGGAUGCUGUUCAGUAAUGGUGAGACACAAAUCAGUGUUGCAUUUCCCUUAAGCAUGAAAUCCUAGAACUUCGAGGGAGAGGACAUGGUUAAUAAUACACUAAGGUGUCUGACUUUCCAAUAGGAUUACAGAGUUGACGUGUAUGUUCACUUUGCUUUAAGCAGUAGUUGAAUUUCUAAAAAGCAUGUGUAAAAUUUAUGUGAAAUCCCUUCCCCAUUGUUGAUCUCUACUCACAGAAUUUUCCUGGCUUUAUUAGGUUGUAAGAAUCACUCUUAAAGCCACAUAUUCAAUUCAAAGCAAAUGUGUUCUUCAGUUGUAAAUGUGCAUUUAAUUCUUCACAAUUCCUGUAAGAGAUGCUAGUCAAAAGGCAAAUCAAGUAAAACAACACACUGUUAAUUUCCAUUUCAUCAUUGCUUCUAGCUCUGUUAGACUUGAUUCAGUAGCUGGAGGAAGCUGUGCGGAAGUGCUUCCUCAGAGACACCGCCCCCCCCCCCCC